UUUAAGCGAUUUACUGCACCGGCUUCGGAAUGAAUGGAGACCAAAAUAACCCAAGGAAAGAAGCCAGCAUCUGAAAACUAUUGAUGCUUCAUUCAUCUCAAGUCUUGCAGAACUGCUGCUGCUGUUUCUGCUGCUGCUGCUGGACUACUUUAUUAUUAUUAAUAAUAUUAAUACUAUUUGGACCUCUUGCAAGUGUGAUCCGGACUUGAAAUUUUUUGGUAAAGGUGAUCCAGAGGCAUGGCUUUUUUACGGAUUUCUGCAGAAUGGAGAACCCGUGCCCGAUUCCUGCUCUUUUUCCAACUCCUUUGCCUAUUAACACUCCAAAGGGUGCAUUUGAGUAAUGGUGCUGACAGUGCUGAACAUCACCGGGGCGCAUCGACGCUCCUCCAAUCUCUCAAUUUACCUCAACAUACAGAAUAUGAGAUUGUAUCACCAUAUGAGGUCAACCACCAAGGCUUUUACAUCUCUCAUGAAAUUGCCCACCACCAAAGAAGAAGGCGACGCAGAUCCCUGACCCUAGAUGCAGGCUCAUCAAAUACUGAUAGCGGUGAAAUGGUCCAUUUCCGACUAAGUGGCUUGGGGCAGGACUUCCAUAUGGAGCUGAGGGAAGCUUCAGAGAAGUUGAUUGCACCUGGCUUCAUCAUCCAGGUCCUGGGAAAGAAUGGCACCAAGAGCCUGAGGGCCUACCACCAGGACAACCUUUGCUUUUACCAGGGGUCACUGAGGUCAAGGGUUAACUCCUCUGUGGCACUGUCCACAUGCACGGGGAUGUCAGGUUUGAUCCGAACACAGGAUGCGGACUACUUCCUCAGACCUGUGUCACAUAGCCUCGCACAGACAGAGAAUUUCACAUCACCUCCUGGACACCAACCACACAUCCUCUACAAAAGUGACAGGGGUUCUCAGACAGAGCGGAGACAUCAGCAGCAUCAAGAAACAUCGCAGAGACAUUCUAUUACCAAAAGAUCCUCAGCUCAUGUAGAUCAACAGAAGGACCAGCAAAAACAGCCGAGUCGUAACCUGACGGAGGAUUACAGCAGCGACCAUCAUCACAAGAGCCAUCACCAUGACAGUGACUACAGACACGGGGAGAAGCAAAGGCAGCACUUCUGUGGGAGACGGAAGAAAUACAUGCCCAAACCACCAGAAGAGGAUCUUCUUAUUCUUCCAGAUGAGUACAAAUACAUCCCAAGGAAUAAACGGGCAGUGCUGCUAAAGAACCAGGCCAAUCAGAAGCUGAAUGUGGAGACGCUGGUGGUGGUGGACAGGAAAAUGAUGGACAACCAUGGCCAUGAGAAUAUUACAACAUACGUUCUCACAGUGCUUAAUAUGGUCUCCAGUCUCUUCAAAGAUGGGACAAUAGGAGGGAACAUCAAUAUUGUCAUUGUGGGUCUGGUGCUCCUGGAUGAAGAGCAGGAUGGCUUAGUGAUCAGCCACCAUGCAGACCACACACUGAACAGUUUCUGCCACUGGCAGUCAACUUUAGGAGGCCGAGAGGGCCGCCGCCACGAUCAUGCCAUCCUCCUCACGGGACUUGACAUCUGCUCUUGGAAGAAUGAACCCUGUGACACCCUGGGUUUUGCUCCAAUAAGUGGGAUGUGCAGUAAAUACCGGAGUUGUACCGUCAACGAAGAUACAGGCCUGGGUUUAGCGUUCACCAUCGCCCAUGAAUCUGGACACAAUUUUGGAAUGGUCCACGAUGGAGAGGGGAAUGUCUGUAAGAAGUCAGAGGGAAACAUCAUGUCUCCUACAUUAGCCGGUCACAAUGGCAUCUUCUCCUGGUCUUCCUGCAGCCGCCAGUAUCUCAGUCGCUUCCUCAACUCUGCCCAGGCGUUGUGCCUAUCAGAUGAACCCAAAGCCGUGAAGGAGUAUCGGUACCCUGAAAAGCUGCCCGGAGAGCUGUACGACGCAGACACACAGUGCAAAUGGCAGUUUGGGGAGAAAGCCAAGCUAUGUACCCUUGAUUUUAAGAAGGACAUCUGCAAGGCUCUGUGGUGCCACCGUGUUGGAAGAAAGUGUGAGACCAAGUUUAUGCCAGCUGCUGAGGGCUCCGCCUGCGGUCCUGAUAUGUGGUGUCGUAGGGGUCAGUGCGUGAAACAGGGUGAUGAGGGUCCACGGCCUCAGCAUGGACAGUGGUCAGAAUGGUCAUCAUGGUCUUCCUGUUCGCGAAGCUGCGAGAGCGGUGUCACCUAUCGAGAGAGGCAGUGCAACAGCCCGAGGCCCGCAUAUGGAGGGAAGUACUGUGAGGGGUCCUCCAGGUCGUAUAAACUUUGUAACACUGAGGAGUGUCCCGCCAACACCAUUGACUACAGAGCACAGCAGUGUGCCGAGUUCAACAGCAAACAGUUUAGAGGAUGGUUCUACACCUGGAGGCCAUACACAAGAGUGGACGAUCAAGAUGUAUGCAAGCUCUACUGCUUUGCUGAAGGCUAUGAUUUCUUUUUUGCGCUGGCCAGCAAAGUUAAGGAUGGUACACUUUGCUCACAGGACAGCUCCAAUGUCUGUAUUGAUGGACUUUGUGAGAAAGUGGGCUGUGAUCGUGUGUUGGGCUCCACAGCUGUGCCAGAUGCCUGUGGGGUGUGUAAAGGCGACAACUCCACCUGCAAGAUAUACAAAGGACAAUAUACCAAACAGCAUUAUACAAACCAGUAUUAUGGGGUGGUAACCAUCCCAGCAGGGGCUCGGAGUAUCCGUGUGAUGGAACUGAAUACGUCUAGCUCUUAUCUGGCUGUGAGGGACACCCAGAGACACUACCACCUGAAUGGACACUGGACGGUGGACUGGCCUGGCAGACACCCCAUCGCAGGAGCCAUUUUUGAGUACAAGAGACCCUAUAACAGACCAGAAAGCCUCAUAUCAACUGGACCCACCAAUGAGACACUAAUUAUAGAGAUAUUGUUACAGGGCUGGAACCCAGGUGUACGCUGGGAAUACACACUGAAGAAAGCCGAUGAAAAAAAGGUUCACAUCAAGCACAAUUAUACAUGGGCCAUCAUACGUUCCCAGUGCUCUGCAACUUGUGCCGGGGGCCAGAUGAACACCAAGUCAGCAUGUUACAAAGACUUGAGAGUGCAGGUGAACAUGUCCUACUGCAAUCCCAGAUCCAGACCUGCUACUGGACUGAUGCCCUGCAACACCCAACCAUGUCCUGCCAGCUGGUCUGUCGGAGAGUGGGGGGUGUGCAGUCGGAGCUGUGGAGGAGGGGAGCAGACUCGUCAGGUCCAGUGUCUGCAGAGAACCAGCCAAACCAACGUGGACACCCUGGCUGACUCUCACUGUUCUCAGCCCACCCCGAGCAGGAGGCAGAUCUGCAACACACACAGCUGUCCGCCUAUGUGGACCCCAGGGCCCUGGUCACAGUGUUCUCGUAAAUGUGGAAAUGGCUUAAGGAAGAGGACGGUUCUGUGCACAAACACCAACCCAGGAUCCCAAACUCGUACACUACCAGACAGUCUGUGUGCAGGUCUGACUAAACCUGCCAGCCAAGAAACCUGCUUCAUCAAACGCUGCCAGAAACAACGCAAAGUCCAGUGGUUUGUCUCCACGUGGCAAGAGUGUUCAGUAACAUGUGGUCGUGGAUAUCAGUCACGUUUCAUUAAGUGUGCAGAAAAGGACACGGCAGGAAAAUACAGAGAACUUGCUGCCAAGAAGUGCCAUCAUGUCCCCAAACCAACAGUAGACCUCCAGAGACCCUGUGUCCUGACUGAAUGUCCUGUCCGUACAACUCCAUCAGUGCACCGAUGGAGCACACACCAGCGCACCAUACCGCCUCCACCUGUACUGCAUCAACCCCCUAGACCAGAAUGGUACUCAUCCCCUUGGUCUCAGUGCACAGUGACAUGUGGAGGAGGAGUGCAGCUCAGGACGGUUCAGUGUCUGGUCCAGGGGAAGCCCUCUCCUGGUUGUCUCCUUCAUCUGAAACCUUUGAUGUCCCAGGCCUGCAAUACGAACUUCUGCCCGCAACCUGAGAAGAAAGACCUGGUUUGCAGGGAUUACUUCAGCUGGUGUUACCUGGUGCCUCAACAUGGAGUCUGCAAUCACAAGUUCUAUGGCAAGCAGUGCUGCCAGUCCUGCUCCAAUUCAAACCUAUAAACGGUCCAAAUGACUCUGUCGGAGACAGCGACAGAAAGGUAGAUAGUCAAAAGAUUCUAUUUGAAGUCCAUGCUUAAAAAGACAAUGUUUUUGCUUUAAGCGUGUGGCCAGCACUGAAAAGGACAGUUCAAUGGAAGUGCCCUUUCUUCUCCCUGCGAUGCCGGACAUCUGGAUACAAGAACUUGUCUACUGACAGCACUACACAGGAAUGAGAUCAGGACAGUACAAAUAAAGGAAAGAAUGAUGAGGAGGAACCAGCAAAAUGGGAAUCUUGAUUAAAGAGAAUAAAACUGACAUGUCCAAGAGAAACUGAAAACCUGAAAAACCCCAGCUUUGUUUCUAUACUAUAUGUAACUGAACAGAUCUGUACCCAGGACACCCAGCAUCUCCCAGACAACUGAAGGCCAAUGACGGCAGGCAGGCCGACUGUGUAAAGUGCCAUGCAGAAACAUGUGAUAUACCCUCAUCUGCACUGCAGAUCAGAUGCAAAUGUGGCGUCUGAUAAUGAAAAGGGAUUUUACAAAGAAGCAAGUAACAUAGUAAAGGAAUUUUACUAUAAAGCUUGAUAGGAAACAGAUUGGACUUCCUCAAUAGUUGGACAUUAGCAGGAUGCACUGUUUUGACAUCACAAAGAAAAUCCAACAACACAUGAAAAAAAUAUAUGAGAUGAAGCCAAUGUUUUGUUAACUGUUCUUCAUCCUCAGUGGUGCUAUAAUGUUGUCACCAAAUCAAUGUGAAAUCCUUAAGUUUCAGGAAAUGCAGUAACAAAUGAAUUGUGUGACCUAUGUACAGUAUUUUUGUUUUAUUUAUUGGCUUUACAAUACAGCAUUGCUGCAAGACUGUAAUAAUAAGCAGUAUAAAUGUGUCCUUUUAUUACUCUACCCUUAUAUUUUGUAUUGUUUCAUAGUAAUUCAUGCUGACAACUUACACCUUUUUAUAUAAAACAUACAAAAUAAAUCAUAGCUUUCUUUUUGUCAUCCAAAUGCUACUUCAAAUCCUGCAAUAAUACCUGAGGCAGUCAUAUAUUGCAUGCAUUUAUAUGGCAUAAAAACGCAUAAUGUAUGGGUUAUGGGUAAAAGCAAUGGUAAGCAAGCUUACAGUGAACGCCAUUUCAAGGCGAUUUUGACAAUGUUACUGAAAUAACAAUAAACAAAUGUGUGUCCGUCAGCA